AUGACGCUGGCAUGUCGGCAGCGUUAUGAAAUCCUCAGGUCGUCGUUUGAAAGGAACAAGAGUACGGAUCUGACAAGCACAGUUGGCUACGACAGCAUCGUUCAACACCUGAAUGACGGCAGGAAGAACUGCAAAGAGUUUGAAGACAUUUUGAAGGAGAGGGCAAUUAUAGAAGAAAAAUAUGGCAAAGAGCUCAUUAACUUGUCGAAGAAGAAGCCCUGCGGGCAGACGGAGCUGAACACGCUGAAGAGAUCCCUGGAUGUUUUCAAGCAACAGAUAGACAAUGUGGGGCAAGGUCACAUCCAGCUGGCGCAAACCCUUCGGGAGGAAGCAAAGAAAAUGGAGGACUUCAGGGAAAAGCAAAAACUGCAUCGGAAAAAGAUAGAGCUGAUAAUGGAGGCGAUUCACAAAAACAGGAAUUUGCAGUACAAGAAGACCAUGGAGGCCAAGCGGCUCUACGAGCAGCGUUGCAGGGAUAAGGAUGAGGCGGAACAGGCUGUGCACCGCAGUGCAAACCUGGUGACGCAGAAGCAGCAGGAGAAGCUGUUCCUGAAGCUGGCUCAGACGAAAUCGGCUCUGGAGGACUCUGACAGGAGUUACCAGCAGAGCGUUAUCACACUGGAGAAGAUCCGGGAAGAAUGGCAGAAAGAGCACAUCAAAGCUUGCGAGUUCUUUGAGACUCAGGAGUGCGAGCGGAUCAACUACUUCCGCAACGCCCUCUGGCUUCAUGUCAACCAGCUCUCCCAGGACUGCGUCCAGAAUGAUGAGAAAUAUGAGGAAAUCCGCAAGAGUUUGGAAAUGUGCAGCAUUGAGAAGGAUAUUGAUUUUUUUGUAAAUUUACGGAAAACUGGAAGUUUGGCCCCAGCUCCUGUUGUUUAUGAAAACUACUAUAAUACAGAGAGAAAUGCAACUCCUGUGAGAAGUUCGGUUCCUGUACCUAUAUCAAGGAGGGGACCUCUACCCACCCCGACCAGCGCACCAGGUGAGCCUGAUUACGCCACAGUUGACGGCUACAGCUUGAUACAUCACUAA